AUGGUGGCAGACGAAGCACAAACUUCCUCAGUCCGACAGCCCGAUUCUGAAAGGAACCAACAACUCAAAAUGGCGCCUCCGGGAACAUUUAGUUUCGUGCCAGCAGAGUGGCCGAAGUAUAUAACUAGAUUCAAAAGGUGCAAAUGUCCAGCAUCAAAUAUAACAUGCUUCAAGUGUCGAAAAACGGGGCAUUUUGCUAGGUUGUGCAGAGCCAAGAUAGUAAAAAAUAUUGAGAAGGAAGAAAUAGGAACUACAUAUGAGGAGCAGACA